UUCUUCCUUAGUUGUUCAUUUCCACUAAAGGCACACCUAAAUUGAAGCCAAUGUCUUAAGUUGUUGAACAAUGUCUAACUCCAACCUCGUGAAGGGGACAAACUGUCACAUUUUCGUCAAAAACGAAUUUAUGUGGAAGCAGUGCCUUUGACGGCCUGCACAUGCGCAGUUCGGCGCAAGACCAAUGUUUACGUGAUUCUGCGCAUGAGUUUAGCUAACCAACGUCGCCAUGGACCUCGCCUAAUGCAACCGUCGUGAUCGGGAGAAGCAGUUUAUGCCUAGCUGGACUAUCUUUGACCAAACUUCUUCCGUUACUAUGUUUUUUUAGUCUGAAAGAAUAUCCGGAGUAGCCUGCCCUGGUUUAGAACCUGCGCAAGGUAAAUACAAAAACAGUUUAACGGUUUUUAUUCUCAUUUGCGUGCGAACAAUCAUCAAUAGAGAUGAACCAUGGCGGGCAAAGCGGCGGUGACUUUCCGUUUGGGCCGAAUGUAGUAAAAGAAUCGGGAACAUAUGGAAAUUGUGUCCUCUGUGGGUUAACUUUAAACCACGAGCGAUAUCCCCAACUUCUUCCCUGUUUGCACUCUAUAUGUCAAGCAUGCCUGCCCCCAGACAAUCCAGGGUUGCAGAAAGAUCUCUCUAUCUCUCCAGCAUGUCCGUCCUGUGACCUGCCAUUUAAUAUUCUGGAAGUCAAAGAUAAUCUCUUUAUUAAGAACUCUUCCAACAAACUCUGGACUGGUAAUGUCCAGUGUACCUGUUGUGAGGGGUUCGUGGCGAGUGGCUGGUGUGUGGAGUGUGGAGAGGCGCUGUGUUCGGAGUGUGUAUCUGCACACAGGAGAGUGAAGGUGACGAAGGACCACACUAUCCGGCUCCAACCCCCAACAGGAGUCUCUGCCCCCACAGUGUUUUGUCCCACACACAAACAUGAGCCAAUCAAGCUUUUCUGUUUGACCUGCGAUCAGCUGACCUGUCGAGACUGCCAACUAAUGGAUCACAGGAACCACAGUUUCCAGUUCCUCCAUGAGGCGAUGGUCAGCCAGAAAGAGCAGCUUCAGUCCCUGGUGCAGAGAGUGAGGCAGCAGAGAGUUGCAGUGAAGCAGAGCCUCCUGGACAUGGAUGGCAGAUUGCUAGACAUAACACAACUCAAGUCAAAGCUGAGAGAGAGCCUGAAGAGAAUGCUUCUUGCCACUGUUCAACUCUUGAAAUCGAGAGCCACGUCGCUCUACAGCAACAUAGAGACAAUGUGUAAUGCCGAGGUGGCAGGGAUCGAGACGAGACGGAGUGCGCUAAACAGACUGGGGCAGAGGCAGGAGUAUGUUGCUGACUUUGCUGAGAAAGCCCUGGAUGUGGAGGACUUCUUUGCCCUGCUCUCCUGCAAAGGGCAGAUUGGGUCCCAGUUACAGCAUCUCUUGACUCAGAGUACUGAGCCCCCCGGGACCAUGCUUAAGUUGCAGCUGGUGAUUACUGAUGACUUCAAGAAACAAAUAGCUUCCUUUGGUAAACUUUUGGGUGAUAUUGUUCCCUUUGCCCAAUCACAUGUUAGUCAAGACAACCCCCCUGGAAAACCAAGAAAGACCCAAUGCUCCCUCUGGCCAGACCUCUUCCAGUGCUCCUAACAUGUCCAUCCAUUCUGUUCCCCCU